AUGGUGGCUUCCAGCCAGAUGCGGCACUGUGGAAAAAGCGGGGCAAGCCUCUCUGGCACACAAAGGCCCUUCAGUCUCCUGUUCUUCAGCUGGAUAGAGCGAGUCUUCACUCGCCCAGGGCAGGUGAGUGGAAACUCCCAAGAGGAGGAGGAGGAGGAGGAGGAGGAGGAGUUGCCUUGUCUGGCAGAGGAGCACAGCCUCCACCAAGGCAGAAAAGAGACCCCAGAGGCAAUGCCAACUCUCCUCUCUGCCGCCGUCCUCUCGGUGCUGCUGGCCACAGGCUGCUGGACUUAUGACGCCACCCCUGGAGUCGGUUGCCACCUCCAUCCUUUCAGCGUGACCAUCAAGAGUGACCCCCGAGGGAGCUGCCGCAGCAGGCAAACGGUCCAGGCCUGCGUGGGCUACUGCGAGUCCAGUGCCUUCCCCUCCAAGUACUCUGUCCUCCUGGCCAGCAACUUCAAGCACAACAUCACGUCCGUCUCCCAGUGUUGCACCAUCGGAAAGAUGCAGAAGAUCAAGGUGCAUCUGCGUUGUGGGACCACCCGGCCCGAGACCAUAGAAGUCUUCACAGCAAAGACUUGCCAGUGUGAUGUGUGCCGCCUCUCCAGAUACUAG